AUGUUCGGGAGGGCGCCGAAAAAGAGCGAUAACAAGAGAUAUUAUGAGAUCCUUGGGGUGUCCAAGGACUCCUCUCAAGAUGAAUUAAAGCGAGCCUACCGCAAAGCCGCCAUCAAGAAUCACCCUGAUAAGGGUGGGGAUCCUGAGAAGGUACUCAUUUCGUCCUGAGUGGUAACCCUCCUGCACGACUGUAUGUUUAUUCUGUGACGAUGAUGUUGUUUGUGAUAUUAUCUUAGGAAUCGUUGUAGGUUUCGGCCAUCAGUUAAUUAAAUUGAUGGAUCUACCUCGUUUCACGAUUUAUUUAUUUGUUUUAACCGGUGAUAUUUUUCUUCAAGACAGCUUCUUCUGCCUUGUUGCUAAACCGUUAGAUCUGUUGAUCUAUAAUCGUGAUGAGGGCCUAUUUGGCUUCCUUGGGUUAAUUGCUGUUACCCUCCGUUUCUCUUGUCGAUGAUGUUAUUCUUUUUCUGGGUAUGGUUUCCUUGAAGGAUGAGAUUCCUAUCUUGUUGACUUCUCUUAGGGCGCUGCGUGGUACCUUUCCCCGUCUAGUUGUAUUAUUUUGAGUGCCGUAUCCUCUUUGUUCAGCCCUUAUGCAAAAGAUAUUAAAGUUCCGCAGAAGACAUUGUUUAUACAAGUAAGACUUAUGGUUAGUGUUGACCGUCUUGUGUCGCUGUGUUCAUGCAAACUGUCUUUUGGACUCUUUUUUUUUUUGGCGAUUUGCUUACGUAUCUAACAACAAAUUCUUAGAUAAGUAUUAGCUGUCAACUGCGCCUUCAAUCUCCUGAUUAUCAUAUAUAUUUAUGGAAUUGGUUAGGUUAAUCGCUACAUUUUUUCGCGCGCAAGGGAUCCUCCCGCAGAUGUGUGAGUGUAGAUCAUGUUUUUUCAUUGUCAGGCGUCUUGGGUAUCUGGGUGUUUAAAAUGAUUUGCAAGUUUCGGAAAAUAUUGUACACCUCAAAAGUUUUUACUAUGGCGACUUCGGUGGAACCGGAUCGUUCAUGUGAAAGUACGAUGGGUCUAUUAAUAUGAUAGUCCACAUAUGAUUUCAUAUAUCCUUAAGAAACUCUGUGUGUUGCUAACUAGGCUGCUUCUUAUCGGGUAAUUUAUUUUCCUUUGAGAUGCUUAUUUGAAGAAGAGAGAUUUUUGCCCUGUAUUACACGGGCGUACAAUUCUGCAGCAUGAUACCUCUAUUACACGGGCGUACACGGGUUAAUAGAACUUUUCUUUUUUAUGUGGCUUGCAGUUUAAGGAAUUAGCUCAGGCAUAUGAAGUUCUCAGUGACCCAGAGAAGCGUGAGAUAUACGAUCAAUAUGGAGAAGAUGCGUUGAAAGAAGGAAUGGGUGGUGGUGGUGGUGGGCACGAUCCUUUUGACAUCUUCCAAUCAUUCUUUGGCGGCGGCAGCCCCUUCGGAGGUCAGAAAAAUAAUUUUUUGGGUUGCGGUUUUGAUUUCUGUUCAUCUAGAUUCCGUGCUGUUUUUAUCUCUUCAUGUGGUUGGUUUGCCUCACAAAUUUCACUUUUUUUUCCAGGGGGCAGCAGCAGAGGUGGACGAAGGCAGAAAAGAGGCGAGGACGUCAUUCAUCCACUCAAAGUUUCCCUGGAGGACCUCUACAGUGGGACAUCAAAGAAGCUCUCCCUGUCGCGAAAUGUCAUCUGUUCGAAGUGCAAAGGGUGAGCUUUAUCUACUAGAAGCUCCUCUCAUCGCUUCAAAUCACAUUUGAGCGCGAAUAGAGAUCGAGGACACACUUGUUUUUGGGUUUCAUUUUUGUUUGUUACCGAUUUGUUUCGAAGAACGAGAACAGAAGGCUUAUUUAAUUUAUGACGACCAUUUUUCUCCCCUGUAAAAUGCAGGAAAGGUUCGAAAUCCGGCGCAUCCAUGAGAUGCCCCGGCUGCCAGGGCUCGGGAAUUAAGGUGUCUAUCAGGCAGCUCGGACCUGGAAUGAUCCAACAGAUGCAACACCCUUGCAACCAGUGCAAGGGAACCGGCGAGACCAUCAGUGACAAGGACAGGUGCCCCCAGUGCAAGGGCGAGAAGGUUGUGCAGGAGAAGAAGGUUCUCGAGGUCCACGUCGAGAAGGGCAUGCAGAAUAGCCAGAAGAUCACAUUCCCCGGUGAAGCCGACGAGUCGGUAAGUCAAGUCAUGCAUGACUGGACCUUUUAUUUUCCUUUCUGUGUUUAUUUCUUCUUACCCCCGAGGUCUUGCGGCCGUUGUCCUCCGUGCAGCCUGAUUGCAUCACGGGCGACAUAGUGUUCGUCCUGCAGCAGAAGGAACACCCCAAGUUCAAGAGAAAGGGCGACGACCUCUUCCUGGAGCACACGCUCUCGCUCACCGAGGCCCUCUGCGGUUUCCAGUUCGUCCUGACCCAUCUGGACGGCCGGCAGCUCCUCAUCAAGAGCAACCCCGGAGAGGUGAUCAAGCCCGGUACGUCAUAUAUUUCUCCCUCCUCUCCAUCCCCACCACUGGUUGCUGCUCAUCUAAAAAAAAGCAGAAAAGAGGCUACGUUAAUUCCUGACGGGUGCAUCCGUGGGUGUGGUGUGCAGAUCAAUUCAAGGCGAUAAACGACGAGGGGAUGCCCAUGUACCAGAGGCCGUUCAUGAGGGGGAAGCUGUAUAUCCACUUCACGGUGGAGUUUCCGGACUCGCUGAGCGUGGAGCACUGCAAGUCGCUGGAGGCGGUGCUGCCGUCGCGGGCGGCGGCGCAGCUGACGGACAUGGAGCUGGACGAGUGCGAGGAGACGACCCUCCAUGACGUGAACAUCGAGGACGAGAUGCGGCGCAAGCAGCAAGCCGCCCAGGAGGCCUACGAAGAGGACGACGAGAGCCUCGGCGGCGCCCAGCGCGUCCAGUGCGCUCAGCAGUAG